AUGGCCGAACCCUCAAUCACAAACUUCCUCCUGCGCUCCCUCCUCCCCCCCGACGCCGCCGACUUUAUCCACAAAAACGCCCUGCACCCCUCCUCGCCCCUGCAACACCUCAAAUCCCAAGCUCUGAGCGCCGCCUCCCGCGCGUUCGACGAGCUCUACCCGUACCUCGCGCCCGCCGUCGACGCGACGCUCGACUUUUUACACUCGUCGCCCGAGCUCGUGUCUUUCGCGGUGCUGCUCGCGCUGCUGGCCGCGACGGUCAUCGUGCUGAACUGGAUCCGGCGGGUGGUUGCGUUUUGGACGGCGCUGGUGCUGCGGCUUGCGUUUUGGGGUGGGGUGGUUGUUGUCGUUGCGGCGGUGUGGCAGAGGGGCGUGUUUGAGACGGCGAGGGACGCUGUUGUUUUGGGCGGGAAAGUUGUUGGGUUUGCGGCUGCUGCGAAGGAUGUUUGGGUUAGUGAGUAUAGACGGUAUGAGGAGGAGACGAAGGUGCAGGGGAAUAAGUAUCGGUGA